AUGUCAUAUUCAACAAAAAAGAAAGAGAGCAAAAAGUCUAUUCAGAAAAAUGCGAACAACUUUGAAUUUAGCGCGGACAUUCAAAAUGACAUUAGCAUAAUACAAUCCUACGCCGCACGGAUCUCAAAAAUUAAUGAAAAUGAAGUUUGUUCCGUUGAAAGUUCGGAAAAAGUCCAAGAAAUUGUGCAGGAGGGAAAAGUGAAAAUCCAGGAAAUCCAGAGAAAGAUCAAGAGUUAUUCUAAUAGCGCAGAAAAUGUCCCUCCAGAUGAAAGGAUGCGAAUGAAGCUCAUGCUUCAGAAGCUGUCCAACUCAUACCUAGCAGCGGUGAACAAUUUCCAAAGUGCGUCAAAAAAUUAUAUUAACAAAACAGUUUUAAAUGACAUGUUAUCAAAAAAUAUAAACCCAUCGAGUAACAAUUUGGAAUACGAUUCUCUCACCAACUUUUCUCGAAACAGUGAUUCAAAUUAUGACUCCAGUAGAGACAAAUUUAAUGUGAACAUUUACGAUUUUAAUUUUAACGAGAAUGAGAAUUAUGAUGGGAGUUAUGCCCCCGUCCCCUGGGGCAUGGAAAAGGAAAGUACUGGAAAAAAAAUGAAGAAGAAAUAUAAAAGUAAUAUUUUCACGGGCAAUAAAAAAAGCGAAGUUAAUGAGUAUCUCCUGCAGAAUGAUGCGUAUGGACAAGAGGAUGCUUACUUGGGAAGCGGUGGAUACGGGCCAAAUGUAAACCUGGAAGACCCCCCCCAGGAGAGGGAAUUCGUUUCGAUAAAAACGGUGGACAUUGAAAAUGAGAUAUUAAGUCAGAAAAAUAAGGAAAUAAAAAAAUUACAUAAAGACAUAAUAAACAUACAAGAGUUGUACAAGGAGUUAUUUGACCAGGUGAAUAUUCAAGGAGAAAGCAUCGACAAUAUAGAUUCCCAAAUAAUUACCACCCAUGAUAACAUUCUUAUGUCGGGUAGGGAAAUUGAAAUAACGAGGAACAGGUACUUUAGGAACAUCCGGUGCAUGGGCUUCCUUUUUUUUGUUCUAGUAAUUUUGAUAAUAAUUAUUUUGGUUGUCUUUAGGGUUAUAUGA